AUGUUUGGUAAAGUGAAAGGGAAUAGGAGUGGAAAUUAGCAAAGUAUUAGUAAAAAGAAUAAGAAAGAAUUGAAAGCAUAGAGAAAAUGGGAAUAAGAUGAAGAACGCAUAAAAGGUUUGUUAAUUAACCAAUUAAGGAUCGAAAUUUAGAUUAUUGAAUGAAUAUAUGUAUACUGUAAAUAGCGAGGAAGCCUAGAAGCAUUUUAAGAAAAAUCCUGAGGAAUUCAAGAUUUAUCAUACAGGUUAUGCUUAAUAAAUAGAGAAGUGGCCAGAAAGUCCUGUUGGGAAUAUAAUCAAAUUAUUGACAGAGAGCGAGUAAUUUUCGAAUAAGAAACUGUAACAAUUAAUAAAUAAAGUCUAGUGUUGUUUGUGAUUUGGGUUGCGGCUAAGGAGAGAUUCAGGAACAUUUUCAGAAUGAUAAGAGAUUGAGUAAAUUGAUAACAGUGAAAAGUUUUGAUUUGGUGGCAAUUAAACCAUAUAUAAUUGAGACUGACAUUAGCAAUUUGCCAUUGGAUGAUUGUAGUUGUGAUGUGGCGAUUUUUUCAUUGUCUUUGAUGGGAAUAAAUUAUUUGGAUUACUUGGGGGAAGCAUUUAGAGUUUUAAAGAAGAAUGGCCAUUUAAUAAUAGCUGAAGUGAAAAGUAGAAUGAAUACAAUAGAUAAUUUUGUAAAUUUAGUAACUGGAAUGGGAAUGAAAAUAUUAAAGAGAGUAAUUUGAUUAAUUUACAUGAGUAGGAUGAGCACAAUAGUCAUUUCGUAUUGUUUGUAUUUGAAAAGGUAAUGGAUGUUUGUCAAUUCAACGGUCCUUUAAAUUAGAAACGAGUUUAUCAGAUAUUGGGUCAAAAAGAUCCAAACUUGAAGGAUUGGCAAUCAUUGGGGUAGUAGAUAUUGCAGCCAUGUGUUUAUAAAAAGAGAUGACUGCUUUAUGUUU